AUGCUGGCUGGUGAGGGGGAAAAACUACUGGAUAGGAUGAUGGCAGUCAUCGAGCAACAGAAGCAAGCUGUUAAAAUGUAUUUCGAUGAGGGAGCAAAUAUGGAUGGCUUGCACUGUUGUGCCAAUGCUCUUCGUGGGUUACGAACUUCUGGCCUCUCGCCGAAGUCUUAUUAUGAACUCUAUAUUAAGGCGACGGAAGUCCUCAAUAUCGUUGACGUUUAUCUCACCGAUGAGUUCCAACAAGGGAGAUCCAUCCCACACCUUUACGAAAUUGCUCAAUAUGUCUCUAACGUUUUACCGCGCCUAUAUCUCUUGAUAACUGUGGGUGUAGUCUAUAUCCGAGUGGGCGAGUUGCCCUGUCGCGAGAUUUUGCGGGAUUUGGUGGAGAUGUGCAGGGGAGUUCAGCAUCCCCUUCGAGGUCUAUUCCUUCGCAACUAUCUUCUCACCUCUAUUCCUCCUAAUCUCCUUCCUGAUUCUCCUCCCGGGGAAAAAACCGAGGUGGACACAUGCAAUACAAUCACAACACCAACGGAGGCGGAGGGAGCGAGCGUGCUAGACAGCAUCAAUUUUAUUUUGCUUAACUUCGCAGAGAUGAACAAACUCUGGGUGCGCAUGCAGCAUCAGGGUCACACACGUGACCGCGAGCGACGCGAACAGGAGCGCCGUGACCUCCGAGUUCUUGUUGGGGCCAACCUACACCGUCUUUCUAGAUUGGAAUCUAUCAACACUGAUCUCUACAGAUCUCACAUUCUCCCGAGCAUUUUGACUCAGGUCAUUCAAUGCCGUGAUGUAAUCGCUCAGGAGUACCUUAUGGACGUAAUUGUUCAGUAUUUGGUCCUAAAACUCCUCUGCUUCCACUUUUUAACCUGUUUGCUUGUUUCGAAGACCUUCCCGGACGAGUUUCACGCAGUCACGCUCACACAGCUACUGCAAGCCUGUGAACGCUUACAGCCUGCGGUCCGACUGAAACCCAUAAUUGGUAGCCUGGUUGAGAGGUUGCUGCGCUUUAUCUCUGAAGAGAGUCGAAGUGGUAUUGAUGAUGGUAGUGGUGGUGAAGGCCUUUUUCAGUCCCUUUCUACGGAGCUGAGUCACCUGGUGCGUCGCCGCGCAGACUUCUACACUUCGGCGCCUACAGAGGCACGUCUUGGGCUGCCUCUGGAGGACUUGCCUGGCCUUUUUGCGCCUCUUUUAACAAUGGCAAUCUGCCUUCAUUCCAGCCCUGAUACUGUUAAUCAAGUCCUUCUUAGCGCUGCUACCGCCCUUGAAACACUCUCCACUCCCUCCUCCAGGAUUCAGGGCGGUUCAGUGCUGUCACGAGAACUUCUCAGUCUCCUCUACCUGCCUCUCUAUGGGUCCAGAGGUCCUCCGCGAUCAGUGAGCUCAUCGCUGGAGUGCUCAACCCUCUCAAUAUUCUCCUCUAACACUUCUCCUCCUUCACCAUCUAUCGGCAGCACGGACGAUGCGGGUGCACUAGGAAGUCUUCCGGUGUUGCUCGAUCUCUCAGGGUUGUUGCGGCUUUGUACCCUUCUAGACGUCUCAGCUCGUCGCCGCUUUGCCUGCCUCUUCAUUGCACGUGCUCUUGAACGCAUCUCCAGCGGUGAUGCUGCUGUCGCUGACAACCAACGCAUCACUACUGAAUCCGAUUUGGAUGCCUUUUUAGUUGUUGUCGGUGUUCUAGUUGAACGCCAUGAUUCUACCACUGCCUCAGUUUCCCCGUCGUCGUCAUCGUCGGCUAUGGAGGAUUUGGCUGAAGAACUCUCUCUUCUGGCGUCUGCGAUCCACUUGGUUGGUCGUCAGAUCAAGUCUCUUGAGGACGUUGAGGGAAAGCUUCUUCUUCUCUCGAAGAUGCGAAAGUGGCUUGCUGCUGGUGGUCCUGUUGUCGUAAGAGCCACCUUUCCAACUCUCGUAUUUGAGGUUAGUAGCAUGUCUCAAUUUGUGCGUUUCCUAAAUCACAUGAUUGACUUAUGUCUUAUUCAGGCGAUUCGACUGUUGCCGGUAAUUGGAGCGGUAGGAGGAAAGUCGGAAGUAUGCGAGACGGAAGGAAGGGAAGUAGUGGCAGGUUUAUGCGAGCGAGUGAUAGCUUUUUGUCAUCAGUCGGCGACCAAGUUGAUCGCCUGCAAUGCCUCCGAUGUCGCUCUGCGUCUCUUUCUCAACUGCACUCUUGUGAUCGAGACAGUGGCCUUUGAGAAGCGUCCUCUUUUUGCCUAUGAGUUCUUUUCUCAGGCCUUUACACUCUUUGAACAGGAGUUGUCAGAUGCGCGGGCACAGCUUUCGGCUUUUGGGUUGCUUGUAGCUACACUUUGGCGGGCGCGGCGCUGCCUUGAUACGGAGAGUGCGGGUGUGCUACAGACCCAAUGUUCUCGCGCUGCCUUCAACCUCCUCCUCCUGCGUGCAGACCAGAGUCGCGCUGUCGCUCUUACUGCUCAACUUCUUCUUCCCUCACCCACUGCUACCCGGGAAGGUGUCUUUAAGUGUCUGGAGAAGUCGCGCUCCUUAGCUGACAUGUGUAUGGACAUGGAUGCGCGGACGCAGCUCUACAUUGAUCUCCUUAAUUAUCACAUUAUAUAUCACCAACAAGGUGUGGGCCCUCUCGAAACCAUGAAGUCAACGCUAACAGAACUACUGGCAGAGACGGAGAGGUUGAUGCAACAGUUGGAGUUCGUGCCGGAGGCACUUUCCCUCUAUCUCGAGUCGACCCGCUCCAAGGUUUUCGAAAUCAUCAACUUGUGA